AUGAACUUUGCUGCAUACUUUGACCAGAGUCUUGAAGCUGAGAGAAUGAUGUCUAGUCCAAUCUCAAUAGUAGUAGAGGAUCUUCAGGAAAUGACUUCAACUCAAAAUACGGAGGAAGAAAUAAAUGAGGAAACUGCCUCCAUCACAUCCUCUAAAACAAACACUAAGCUUGUGUACCUUAUUAAGAAUGCAGGAGACAUGCCAGUUGAAUCAGUUCUUUCUGCUGUACUUGGUGGAAGUGGUUCACAGUCUUCACCAAAGACGCACCCAUCAACACUGCCAAUGACUGGUUAUAAAAUGAGGAAAGUCAGAGCCAAAAAGCGAAAGCAUUCGCCGGUUGAUAGUGGUGCAAGUCAAAAGGUGGUGAUCAAAGGAAGUGAUGGUAAAGAGAAUAUGAUAUUCCUAGACUUGGAUAUGCCUGUUAAAGUGGAACUCCAAGUAGACAGUGAGGAUGUUGAUGAUCCUACAUGGGCCCCAACUAAUUCGGAUCGGGCUGGGAGUCGCUCCUCUACAUGGUCAAAACUGAAAAGGGCUCGUAGUGCCGUAAGGAAUAGCAUGAGGACGUUACGUCUUCCUAAACCCCAUAAAAAGAGGGAUACUCGCAAAGAGGGACACAAGGGAUCUGCCUCUCAAAGGCACAUUAUUCAGAAAGAUGAUCCAAAUUAUGCUGUUAUGAUGGAGAAAUUUGCCAAACCAGUCUCUGUGUCAACAAUGAAACGUCAUGGCCUGUACAGACCUAAGACCAAUGGCUACAAAAUUGAUGCUCCUUACAAGAAGGAUGUAGCACCUUACAUUGAAAAAAUAUCAGAUACUGAGUACAAGUGUAAAAUUUGUCUUACGGCAAAAUUUAGAUGGAAUUACAAAGCAGAAAUUCAUAUUCUUGAACAUUUGGAUUGGAGACCUUUUGAAUGUGAGGUUUGUGGAAGAGCUUUUACACAAAAUCAGUACUUAACAAAGCAUAAGCGAUUGCACUUUCCUGACGAUACGAAUUUUAUGUGUGAAGUCUGUGGAAAAGGAUUUCAACGGCGUUAUUAUUUAACUUACCAUAUGGAUGAACACUUUGAGAAAACCUACACAUGCGAAGAAUGUGGUAGGAAGUUCACUCGUCGACAGAAACAUGAUGAACAUGUUCGAUAUCAUCACAAAUGUCACUACUCAGUGUGUGAUAUUUGUGGUCAAACUUUGAGGACCACAGCUUUGUCCAGGCACAGAAAACAACAUGGAGAGAAAAGUGAAAGAAAGAAGAAAGAAAAUUCAUCUGUUUCCAAUUGGCUUUCUUGCAAUGUCUGUGGCCGUGCUUUCCGCUCAGUGCGGGAACGAGAUGACCAUGAAGCAGAACACAGUAACUCAUUGCUUCCAUUCCACUGUGAAGAGUGCGCUGUAUAUUUUAAGACAAAACGGACCCUCACUAAUCACAUCAUGCAUGCACAUAGCCAAAUAACUGAAGAGGAGUGUGAGGUGGAUGCUGCUGCUGCUGGUGGUGAAGAAUGUGAAGUAGCUAUAAAUGAAGAAGAAUGUGAAGUUACUACUGGUGAAGAAGAAUGUGAAGUGGCUACUCAUGUCCUUGAUGAACUGUCCUCAACUAUUAUUGUUAGUAUUCCUGAAGAACUGUAA